UUAAAGGCCGGCAGUGAGCAUGUGCCAUAGUGCCUGAGUUUGGGAGUUUGGUGACUGUCAGAAGGACAUAGUGCUGGCUGAGCUGGGGUGCGCUGACCUGGAGAAUGGACCGGGCUGAACGACCCCCUAAGACUGGGCUCCAGGUCAGCCUGGGGAGAGGCCACCUCUCUGAUGCCUGCCUCUGCCCCUGAGAGAUAGACCCACGGAGGAGACUCCAUGGAUGAGCCAGAGGCCUCCUGCCCCAGCACGGGGCCCAGCGCCGCUGUGGCCCGCGAGCUGCUCCUGGCCGCACUGGAGGACCUCAGCCAGGAGCAGCUGAAGCGCUUCCGCCACAAGCUGCGGGACGCGCCGGCGGACGGACGCAGCAUCCCGUGGGGGCGGCUGGAGCACGCGGACGCCGUGGACCUGGCCGAGCAGUUGACCCAUUUCUACGGGCCGGAGCCGGCGCUGGACGUGGCCCGCAAGACCCUGAAGCGCGCGGACGUGCGCGACGUGGCGGCGCGGCUCAAGGAGCAGCGGUUGCAGCGGCUCGGCCGCAGCUCCUCGGCGCUGCUCUCGGUGUCUGAGUACAGGAAGGAAUACCGGGAGCACGUGCUGCGGCAGCACGCCAAAGUGAAGGAGAGAAAUGCGCACUCGGUGAAGAUCAGCAAGCGCUUCACCAAGCUGCUCAUCGCGCCCGAGAGCGGCGCCCUGGAGGAGGAGGCGCUGGGGCUGGCGGAGGCGCCGGAGCCGCGGCGCGCGCGGCGCUCGGACACACACACCUUCAACCGGCUGUACCGCCGCGACAAGGAGGGCCGGCGGCCGCUGACCGUGGUGCUGCAGGGCCCGGCGGGCAUCGGCAAGACCAUGGCGGCCAAGAAAAUCCUGUACGACUGGGCGGCGGGCAAGCUCUACCAGGGCCAGGUGGACUUCGCCUUCUUCGUGCCGUGCGGCGAGCUGCUGGAGCGGCCUGGCGCGCGCAGCCUGGCCGACCUGAUCCUGGAUCAGUGCCCAGACCGCGGUGCGCCCGUGCGGCAGAUGUUGCGGCAGCCGCAGCGGCUCCUCUUCAUCCUGGACGGCGCGGACGAGCUGCCAGCGCUGGACGCCCCCGAAGUCGCGCCCUGCACGGACCCCUUCGAGGCCGCGAGCGGCGCGCGGGUGCUGGGCGGGCUGCUGAACAAGGCGCUGCUGCCCACGGCCCGCCUGCUGGUGACCGCGCGCGCCUCCGCCCCGGGGAGGCUGCAGGGCCGCCUGUGCUCCCCGCAGUGCGCCGAGGUUCGCGGCUUCUCCGACAAGGACAAGAAGAAGUAUUUCUACAAGUUCUUCCAGGACGAGUGGAGGGCCGAGCGCGCCUACCGCUUCGUGAAAGAGAACGAGACGUUGUUCGCGCUGUGCUUCGUGCCCUUCGUGUGCUGGAUCGUGUGCACCGUCCUGCGCCAGCAGCUCGAGCUCGGCCGGGACCUGUCUCGCACCUCCAAGACCACCACGUCCAUGUACCUGCUUUUCAUUGCCAGCGUGCUGAGCUCCGCUCCCGCCGCCGACAGGCCCCGGGUGCAGGGAGAGCUGCGCAAGCUGUGCCGCCUGGCCCGCGAGGGCGUCCUGGGGCAUAGGGCUCGGUUCGCCGAGAAGGACCUGGAGCGACUGGAGCUUCGUGGCUCCAAAGUCCAGACACUGUUUCUCAACAAGAAAGAGCUGCCAGGCGUGCUGGAGACCGAGGUCACCUACCAGUUCACCGACCAGAGCUUCCAGGAGUUCUUCGCUGCACUGUCCUACCUGCUGGAGGACGAGGGGUCUCCCGGGGCAGAGGCUGGCGGCAUUGGGACGCUCCUGCGCGGGGACGCCCAGCUGCGCCACCACCUUGCGCUCACCACGCGCUUCCUCUUCGGACUCCUGAGCGAGGAGCGGAUGCGCGACGUCGAGCGCCACUUCGGCUGCGCGGUCUCAGAGAGAGUGAAGCAGCACGCCCUGAGGUGGGUGCAGGGGCAGGGCUGCCCCAGGGUGGCACCAGAGGGGACGGAAGUGCUCGAGGACACGGAGGAGCCAGAGGAGGAGGAGGAGGAGGAAGAGGAGCUGAACUACCCGCUGGAGCUGCUCUACUGUCUGUACGAGUCGCAGGAGGAUGCCUUCGUGCGCCAGGCCCUGGGCAGCUUCCGGGAGCUGGCGCUGGAGCGCGUGUGCUUCAGCCGUAUGGACGUCGCUGUUCUCAGCUACUGUGUGAGGUGCUGCUCCGCUGGACAGGCGCUUCGGCUGGUCAGCUGCAGACUGGCCGCUGCACAGGAGAAGAAAAAGAAGAAGAGCCUGGUGAAGCGGCUGCAGGGCCGCCUGGGCAGCAGCAGCAGUUCUCGAGCCACCACGAAACAAUUCCCGCCCUCCCCACUGUGUCCUCUCUUCGAGGCCAUGACUGACCAACAGUGCCGUCUGAGCAGCCUCACGCUAGCCCGCUGCAGACUUCCGGACACGGUCUGCCGGGACCUCUCUGAGGCCCUGCGGGCAGCCCCUGCCCUGACGGAGCUGAGCCUCCUCCACAGCCGGCUCAGUGAGGUCGGCCUGCGUUUGCUGAGCGAGGGCCUGGCCUGGCCCCAGUGCCGGGUGCAGACACUCAGGCUGCAGCUGCCUGGCCCCCAAGGAGCCCUCCAGUACCUCAUUGCCAUGCUCCGGCAGAGCCCCACCCUGACCACGCUGGAUCUCAGUGGCUGUCAGCUGCCCAGCUCCAUGCUGACCUACCUGUGUGCAGUCCUGCAGCACCCAGCGUGCAGCCUGCAGACCCUCAGCCUGACCUCCGUGGAGCUGAGUGAGGGGUCCGUGCAGGAGCUUCGGGCUGUGAAGACAGCAAAGCCGGAUCUGGUCAUCCUACAUCCAGCGCUGGACAGCCACCCCGAGCCUCCCACAGGACUCAGCAGGGCCCUCUGAGGCUCAGGACAGCCACCCCGAGAUGCCGCGGAACUCAGCAGUGACCUCUGAGGCUCAGGAAGCCAGAGCAAGGUGCAGAACGCUGUACUCAGAGCCCCUGCAGAGGAGACCUCCCCAUUCCAAGGGCGAGAGGACGUUGCUCUCAGCCUCUGGGCAACUUUUUGGAGGCAAGAGGCCCUGGACAGACACAGCUUCCUCCUUGUCCUGGACAGACCUGGGAGCUACCCCUCCCUCCACACCCUAGGGGACCCCCGCAGCCCCACCACUGCUCCCUCCAGCCAUGCCCCUCUCAGACGCCCCCCAACAAUAAUAGCAGUGGUCCAAGCUCCAACUAACUGAGCACCUAUUGUGUGCCAGCAGAGUCGCCCUUCCUGACUGGGCCCUCAUCUGCAGUGUGAGCCUGCAGGCCACUGUCCCUCCCCUGGAUUUGGGUCUUGGCAUUAGGAGUGAGACCAUCACCAAGGCUACGUGGCCUGAACCCGGGUGUCCACUCUCUGUCUGAGGUCUUUGGUCUCUGGGAAGAGAGACUAGGGGAGAGUAGGGUAGAGCAGCAUGGUGGGUGGGCAGCCCCCCAUGCACCGACAAUAAUUCUCCAUCUGUGGAGUCGUUUCCAUUGGUUUCUGUUACUCAUGGCCAGGUGUGCUAACAGUGCCCACAGCCUUUCCAGCAACCCAGCCGCACAAGGCAGGGCUGAGCUUCCCCCAGCUCACCAGUGAAGAAACCAAGCCGGGGGCGGCCUGACUGCAGACAGCUCUGAGGCGUGGCGUGGCCUCUACGGACGGGGCCAGGAGUGUCAGCCCCGGACCUUGGCAUCUCCCCUGUUCAGCACUGCGGGGCUCAGGCAGCUGCCCAGGCCCCAGCCCAGGUGGGGGGACCCUGGAGUCAGCCCCUCAACUUCCCAGGGAAAUUCCCCUCUAAUCCACUUUCUGAAUUGAUUCCUUCACUCCACAAAACAGAUAAAAACCCCUGUCCUCUGAGAGCUAACAUUCUAGGCAGA